AUGUGGGGGCUAAUUGAAUUGGACCAGAGGACUGAAAACUUCAAGUAUCUGUUCAAAGCAAGAAUCAAAACCAGGAAAAAUCAUGCCGGAUUUCUUCCCGAGAUUGUGAUUAUCAAUGAAGGAUCAGAGAGCUAUUUUGUGAAGAUCAGACCGAUAUCUACUGCGAUUAGGCCCACCACUUCUCGGCUUCCUCUGCUUAAAGGAGCGGGCAGCCAGAAACCAUUGGAACCUUGCGUUGAUGACGGCUCGGCGUGGAUUUCCAAUCCAAGGGAUGUUGUCCCCACUCACGUGGAGGGGAAAAAGGACAAUCACAUCGAGAAGAGGAACUUCGAAAGGACCAAGAAAGAACUAUGCAGUAUGGCGACUAAAACAUUGGAAUGCGGAAGUGGGAUUUGUGGGAUUGGCAGAUUAUCUGGGCCGUAG